UGUGCUUUUAUAUUUUAUUUAUUUAUUUAUUUAUUCUGCUGCUGCCGCCUCCUGAGGCUCUCCAAUGCCCGAAAAGCCCUAGAAAUCUCUCUGCUCUCCUGCCAAGUCACAAUCAGGUCGCCGAAACGAAACCGAAACGAAACAUUCGAUUGAUUUCGUGUCGGUUCAUCCGAUGCCGUCCAGUCGUUUCCCUGCCGGAGAUCAGCCCAGGACCAAGGUUCUGUGUAAGUUCUUUUCACAUGGAGCAUGUUUGAAAGGGGAGCAUUGUGAGUUUUCACAUGAUUGGAAAGACCAGGCCAACAAUAUAUGCACCUUUUAUCAGAAAGGGGUGUGCUCUUACGGUAGCCGGUGCAGGUACGAACAUGUCAAAGUUUCUCGGCAUCAAACAUCUGCAUCGCCAUCAUCCCAUUCUCGCCCUCCUGUAGCAUCAGGUUCUGUUCAAGUAACUUCUGUUGUUUCCUUGAGCGGAGAGCUCAGGUCAGGUUUUAGCAGUCCCAUAGAGCAGUCAUCACUGAGUGGUUCUGUGUGCCCUCCUGUUGAAGCUGCCUGGUCACAGAAACAUGAUGCUUAUGCGCUUCCAGACAGUAUAGAUGGCCAUUAUGUGGCAUCUUCCAGUCUGGCUGACCAACCAAUCUGUUCAUUUGCUGCUGCUGGUAGUUGUCCUCAUGGAGAAAGAUGUCCUCACAUUCAUGGCGAUUUAUGUUCUAUCUGUGGAAAGCAUUGCUUACACCCAUAUAGGCCUGAUGAGAGAGAGGAUCAUAUUAGAACAUGCAAACAAAAUAGCAAACGUCUUGAAGCAUUAAGACGGAGUCAAGAGAUAGAAUGCAGCGUGUGUUUGGACCGUGUUCUUGCUAAACCCACAGCUGGAGAAAGGAAGUUUGGGUUGCUUUCGGAAUGUGACCAUCCUUUCUGCAUAUCAUGUAUCAGAAAUUGGCGUAGCAAUUCUCCAGCCUCUGGCAUGGAUGUCAACUCUGCAUUGAGGGCGUGUCCAAUAUGCAGAAAGCUAUCAUACUUUGUCAUUCCAAGUGUUAUUUGGUACUCUACACAGGAGGAAAAGCAAGAGAUAGUCAAUAGCUACAAAGACAAGCUCAAGUCUAUUGAUUGCAAAUACUUCGACUUCGGUAAUGGGACAUGUCCAUUUGGGACUAGCUGUUUCUACAAGCAUGCUUACAGAGAUGGGAGUUUAGAGCAAGUGGCACUGAGACACCUUGAUGCCGAAGAUGGAAACACUGUGAUUGCUAAAGAUAUUAGGCUCUCGGACUUUUUUAGCCGAUUAAACAUUGCAGGAGCAUAUGAUUCCUCUAUAAUUUAAUUGGUUAAUAAUAUGACCAGGGAUUAUGCUCUUUAUCCUUUCUGCAGAAUAAUUCUGCCUGGUCUCCUGCACAUCUACUUGGCAGCAUAUGUCACUGGUGAUGAGGUCAACUCUGGAAUGAAUAAUUCUUGAAGCCAAAACAAAACAACCAAAGGAGGGGCAGGCGUGCAUAAAUUUGGAGAUUGUAUUUAUGUUUAUUGAUAUCUUAAAAAAAUGCCAUACAGGUGAAAAAACAGAAAGAAACAAGCGAAGUUCAGAACAGGUUGAAUAAAAAAAGUAAAAUCAAGGAUGAGUGGGAGUGCAGAGCCUCUAGGGCCCUAUUUAUUUUGGUGGUUUUGUAACGAGUGUAUAUCAACUCUCCUCAUGCCAAAAUAGCGUGACUGGACGUUAAACAACAUGAAUACCAACCUUUAUUAUUAUUU